GAAACUAUGUCAAUUGACCUCGAAUGGAGCAAACUUGACUCGUCUCUUGCCAACUCCCUUGUCGAGGUUCUCAACAGACAGCUUCAAAACUCACCGAGGCCAUCUUUCAUAGGUCCUGUCGAAGUAACGUCAUUCGACUUUGGCUCACAAGCCCCCGAUAUCGAGCUUGUCGACCUUCGUAACAUUCACCCCGAUUUCCUCGAGGACGAUGAUGACAUCGAAGGAGACAAGGAUCCCGUCAAGGUGACGGAAGGCGCAGAUGACAACGACGGCUUCGAGUGGGUGUCGCGCAAAGCCGUGGGUCGAGCGAUGACGGAGGAAGCACCCGCUUACCAUCACCUCCCGCCCCACGUUCGAUAUGGCCGCGGACCAUCAAGUGAGAUGUUCACGUCGGCUACCUCUUUCGACCCUUCUAGAGGAUUUUGGAAUGGAGCGAGGAGCGUACCAACUUUGAGCCAACGCAAUCCAUACCUCGCUUCCCCGUUCCACAUUUCACCAUCUGUGACGCCGCCUUUCGCGGUUGCCUUUCAAUCUCGGUACGCCUCCGCUCGACCGUCUCCGAUGGUCUCUCCCCCAUCUCCUCUUUCCGGCACAUCUUCGCCACCCGCCGACUCGCUAUCGUCGCAGCCCGAAUCUGCAGCCGAUCCUCAGCCCGCGCAGACCGCCCCUCAUCCUAACCUGCAACUCCACCUUCACAUAACGUGGAAUUCCAACCUUCGUCUCAAUCUCUCAACAUCACUCCACAUAAACUAUCCAUCCCCCCUUUUUAUGUCACUUCCCAUCCGUCUGUCAGUCACAGGUCUUCUGUUCACCGGCGAGCUGGCCGUGGCGUACGAAGGCGCAGGCCCAAGUCGUCGCGUGCAUCUAUGUAUUUUGGAUGAGCUAGACCCAUAUGGCCCAGCCGGUGAGCGGCCAAAACGGGAUUCUAUGAGCAGCUUACCGGGUGGGACGCCAGACGAGGACGUCAACGGCACCGGCGCAUCUCCGCAGCAGCGCGGUAGCAAACCGUUGCCCAUAGGCCAGAGGCUGUUACCGAACAUCUUCAUUGAGAGCGAGUUGGGGCAGGCCGAUAAGCAUGUCCUAAAAAAUGUGACACGGGUAGAGAGGUUCAUCCAGGACGUCAUCAGGAAAACGGUCGAAGAAGAGUUGGUGUUUCCAAAUUUCCACACACUAGUUCUAGGAUAGAGAUGGCAACGGUGCAGGAUUUUGCAUACCCACGUACAAAAGUUUUGUAUCGAUACAGGACCGAUGUAAUUUUACAACAGCGGCUUGCUCAUGUACGGCCCGUCUAGUUCAUAACCCAACCGACGGUAAUAAUC